AUGUCCACCUUGCCCAGCUACAUCCAGGUACCAUCAGCAGCCAGACCUAUACAGCCGCCUGAUCGUACGCGCUCUUCACUCGAAGACAGAGAACGCAAAGUGGAUCCACCAUUGCCGGCGAAACCCUCGUUCCCACCGACCGCGUCCACCUCGACCCAGCCCGCUGCAGCCGCAGGCAGAAAGUAUGCUAUCCCAACAGCAUCACUACCUAGCAAUGUGUCAGAUCUAUUGCUCUCGUCACUGCUUCCCACGAAUCUGCCUAAGUUGCCUACAGCCAAGGUGCAGGGCGGACCAGGCCGGCCGAGGGAACUCAAUACUCAAAGAGAAGGGCUGAGGCUGGAUAUCAUGAGCCAUAACUUCCGCAGGUUCAUCACGAAGGUUGGGCCAGUCUUCUGGAUGCAGGAUAGAAUAGAAGAGGUCCUCUUCUGGCGGAAACCCCUGUGGACUUGGGCGUGGAUGAUGACCUGGACGUUCAUCGCCUUUCAACCCAGAUUACUCCUCCUCUUGCCAUCGCUGGUCCUCAUCAUCCUCCUUCUGCACCUCUCCGAGCUGCGCACUCCCCUUCCCUCACUGCUCGGCACGCCUAUCUCGACGCCCUCAGCGUCUACACUGCGUUCGACUGGCACGAAGAUCGACCCUGAUGGCGGUCCCGUCUCAGUCUCGACCGGGAUUGACGGAGAGGCGAUCCCGGUGGCCCCGCCCAAGGAGGCGGAGAGCGGCGUGGACUACUAUAUGAAUGUCCAGGCUAUUCAGAAUACAAUGGGCUGGAUAUCUGACGCGUACGAGGACGUUCAAGGGAUAAUCACUGCCACCCUCACACCUUCGAAAUCACCCACCUCGCUACCCCUCACACCGACCCACCUAAUCCUCGCACUCCUCCCGCCAAGCCUCCUUCUCCCUCUCAUCCCGGUAUAUCUUAUACCCUAUCUCCUCCUUCCGAUCGGAUGGGCUCCGCCACUCGCAUUCCACCCGAACCUCGCCCCCUUUUUGUCCUCCCUCCCCGCUCUCCCGGUCGUCCGUCGAGCACAAGCAAUGAUAACCCGCCUCAUGCUCACCGAUUCACUUCCCGACGAUCUCGGCCGAGCGUUCAUAGCCGAAGUGGAGGUAUGGGAGAAUGAGCGCCUAGAUCCCGCUGUCAGCACAGCCAAAGCUGUGUCGGGGAAUGUGCUCCCGACAGGAAGCUGGAGUCAGCGCUUCUUGAGAGCUGGGGAGAGGAUGCCAUGGGUCAAGAUCAGGGGAGAAGGGAGUGUAUGGGGCUUCGAGGAUAACGAAGCGGAGAGUGGAGGAGCGGAGAAGGCUGGACCUGAGCUAAAGCAGGGAUGGAGCUGGAUACCGGGCGAAGAGUGGAGGGUGGACGUCUCGGGAUUGUGGAGUGAUGUUGGAGUCGACGCCGAUGGCUGGGUGUACUCAGAUGAUUCUUGGCAGAACCUAGCAGUCACGUCCUUGCCGGGCGCAGAGCUAGACUCGCCAGUACCGGCCAUGCGACGAGUAACGAGACGACGGAAAUGGUGGAAACGGGUCUACAUUGCUCAAGAGGGAUGA